UAUAUAGUGAGUGCUCCUCUCGCUUCUUCUCUUCGCUAAGACAUAGCAGCAGAGAGUUAUUGAGAUAGGCAAAGGUGCUCAAAUAUGGAGAAAGCAAUUGAAAGACAGAGAGUGCUGCUUGAACAUCUACAACCCAUUUCUUCAACUUCUUUUUCUUCCUCUCACACCCAUCUCUCUACUUCAUUCUGUUCUGCUGGCGAUUCUUCUAACGGGCACACUGGUGGAGCUGAAGAUGACGUGGUGAUUGUGGCUGCAUAUCGAACUGCCAUUUGCAAAGCAAAGCGUGGGGGCUUCAAGGAUACUCUUGCAGAUGACCUUCUUGCCUCAGUUCUGAAGGCUGUAAUAGAGAAAACAAAUGUGAACCCAAGUGAAGUUGGAGACAUAGUUGUUGGCACAGUACUGGCACCAGGAUCAGAAAGAGCAAUUGAAUGUAGAAUGGCUGCCUUUUAUGCAGGUUUUCCAGAGACUGUGACUCUUCGAACUGUCAAUAGACAGUGUUCAUCUGGACUUCAGGCAGUAGCUGAUGUAGCUGCAUAUAUAAAAGCUGGGUUCUAUGACAUUGGCAUUGCGGCUGGAUUGGAGUGUAUGACACAAGAUCAAAUUUCAAGGAAUCGCAAAAGAAACCCGAAGGUGGAAACCUUUGCACAAGCCCGGGAUUGUCUUCUUCCUAUGGGAAUCACUUCUGAGAAUGUAGCACAGCGUUAUGGUGUGACAAGGCUGGAGCAAGAUCAAGCUGCUGUUGAGUCUCACAAGCGUGCUGCAGCUGCAACAGCAGCAGGUAAAUUCAAAGAAGAAAUUGUUCCAGUUUCUACAAAGAUUGUGGACCCUAAAACUGGAGUGGAGAAGCAAAUUACUGUUUCUGUUGAUGAUGGUAUCCGGCCAAACACAAAUUUAGCAGAUCUCGCAAAACUGAAGCCCGCAUUCCACAAGGAUGGAUCCACAACAGCAGGGAAUGCUAGCCAAGUUAGUGAUGGUGCUGCAGCUGUGCUCCUCAUGAAGAGAAGAGUGGCUGUGCAAAGGGGGCUUCCUAUUCUUGGAAUAUUCAGGAGUUUUGCUGCUGUUGGAGUAGAUCCUGCUGUCAUGGGUGUUGGCCCGGCUUUUGCUAUUCCAGCUGCAGUGAAAUCUGCUGGUCUUGAAGUUGGCAACAUUGACUUGUUUGAAAUCAAUGAGGCAUUUGCGUCGCAGUUUGUUUAUUCCUGCAAGAAAUUGGCACUGGAUCCCAGAAAGGUCAAUGUCAAUGGUGGUGCUAUUGCUCUUGGGCAUCCUUUGGGCGCAACAGGUGCACGCUGUGUUGCAACUUUAUUGAAUGAGAUGAAGCGUCGUGGCACGGAUUGUCGUUUUGGUGUAAUCUCAAUGUGCAUAGGGUCAGGUAUGGGAGCUGCUGCUGUGUUUGAAAGGGGAGACUGUUGAAGUUUAUACGAGUUCAGAAAUUAUUAAAAAAGAGUAAUAAUCUUUGCUCAAAGCAUGCUUACAGAACGUUGGCUGUGUAACACUCUUUUAGCGGCAUAAUUGAACAUAAUAAAUAUAUGUCAACAAGAUUUAUUGUAGUCAUGAUUAUUACAUAGACCAUAUCAUUGAGUUGCUAAAGAGGGGAAAUGAACCCAAAAUACAUUUCCCGCUACUCUGUUUC